AGAUAUAAUUAGGUUUUGAUUAAUCGUUGAAGGAAACGUUAAAGUUUUUGGAAACAUUAAUUUGCGUUCUACCCACUGGAUCAGCUGACGUCGGUUCUUUAAGUAUGAGCAUUAAAAGUGACAAAAAAGACGACAUACCGGACGAUGGUAUUUAUUACAGUGCGGAUAAAGGUCCUACAUUUGGAGUGCGAUUUGUGCAAAUCAUUGUGAUGGCCAUAUGCUACGGUCACCUACUCACUCUUAAAACGGUCUUUUCGAUCACUAUUGUUGCAAUGACUUCGACAAAUUCUACAACUUCUGGAUCCACUUCCAAUGCACCAACAUACGACUGGACCAACCAAAACAUUAUUCUCUCAACCGCACUCUGGAGCGGAAUACCCACAAACUUGGCAGGUGGCUAUAUAGGAAAGAAAUAUGGCCCCAAAUGGCUGAUCGUAAGCGCAAUGGUAGUCAAUUCAGUUGCGUUUAUGCUGAUUCCACUUUCGGCUCAAUAUUUGGGAUCUAUGGGAGUUCUUGCAUGCAGAUUUGUGGAGGGCCUCAGUAUGGGAAUUAUGAUCCCUCUGACUGCAGUGGUAAUGGGAAUUUGGGCACCACACGAAGAGAGAUCGCGCUUGGGGUUUCUAGUAUCUGCAAUUGUGACUUUUAUGCAAAGUGGAUCAACAAUUUCCACGGGAUUUAUAUCCCAAUCGACCUUGGGAUGGCCCUGGGUGUGUUAUAUAUUUGGAACAGCUGGGAUAAUUGUGACGACUAUUUACCUGUUUGUAGCAGUACAAGCUCCUCAUGUUCAUCCGAAUAUCACUUCUGCUGAACGAACAUAUUUGGAAAAAACUUUAUCUAGCACUUUUGAAAAUGAUGAACCAGUUCCUUGGGCAAAAAUAUUGACGUCAAUCCACUUCUGGGCUAUAAUUGUUGGUCAUGCCGGUUACUAUUUAUUUGUUAUGCUUUUGGUUACCGAAAUGCCCACAUUCCUAGCAAAAGUUAUGAAGUAUGACUUACAGUCCAACGGCACAGUGUCAGCAAUACCAAAAAUAAUUAGUACAGUAUCUGGCAUAUUCAUUUCCAUUAUCUCCGACUAUAUUCCAAGGCACGGACUGCUUUCCGUAUUGAAUACUAGAAGAUUUUUUCACCUAACAUGGACGCUUCUAAUGACGACCGCCGUGAUUUGCACCACUUAUAUUCCAGAGCAGUUGCGAAUAUGGGCGGUUGUUCUUUAUUGUAUUGUAACUAUAGCUGACGAGUCUAUUUCAAUAACAGGAGUCUCAGUCAAUAUUUACGAUCUUUCUCCAAAAUACGCAGGAAUUAUCACGGGAAUAUCGCAUAGUAUUUCGCAAGGUGUGUCUGCAUUUGCACCGUCACUUGUUGACUGGGUUUGUACCGACUUGAGCGAUGCCAGCCAAUGGAGGACAGUGUUUAUAAUAACUUCGGUAAUCGCACUGUCGAGUGCUAUUUUCUUUGCGAUAUUUGCCAGCAGCCAGAGGCAAAACUGGGGAACCGAAUCGGAAGAAGACGCUCGAAUCGAAGCGGUUAUAAAACGAAAGGGCUCCAUUUUUAGCAUUUAUUCACUUGCUGCAUAAAUAGUGCUACGAUAAAUGAAAUAAAUGUUCCUGAUGCAAAUAAAUAUGGUUAAUGUGUA